CAUCAACAUCACGACUCUUACACACAUGUGACUGAAUAUUGUACUUCUUACACAUACAGGCGACUCACGACAUUAUGAAGAUUCAAGGCCGCACAUUCAUCAUUUCAGGAGGCGCUUCCGGCCUGGGACAGGCCUGCGUGGAAGAAAUUUGCAAGAACGGAGGAAACGUCGCCAUUUUGGACAUGAACGAGGAGAACGGCAAUGACCUGGUCUCUAAGCUGGGGUCCUCGGCCAAGUUCUUCGCCUGCGACGUGCUUGACACCGCAAGCAUCGAGGCAGCGGUCCAGGGCACCGCCGCAUGGGUGAAGCAGUCCGGCAAGCCCGUCGGCGGCGUCAUCCCCGCCGCUGGCGUUGGGAACCCGUCAACAAUAUUGGACCGCAACGGCAACCCCUUCAGCCUCGACGACUGGGAUUUCGUGCUCAACAUCAACCUUCGCGGCACCAUCGACCUCACCCGCCAGGCCCUCGCCCUCAUGGCCAAAAAUGACCCCUCGUCGCCUGACGGCGAGCGCGGCGUCGUCAUCAUGGUCGCCUCGUCCGCCGCCUUUGACGGCCAAAAGGGCCAGGUCGCCUACGCCGCAAGCAAGGGUGCCGUCGCCGCCAUGACGCUUCCCAUGACCCGCGACCUCGCCCGCUUCGGCAUCCGCGUCGUCACGAUCGCCCCGAGCCUGUUCGAGUCACGCAUGACGGCCGUCAUGUCCGACAAGGUCCGCGCCAGCCUCGAGCGCUCCAUGGAGUUCCCCGUCCGCGCCGGCAAGCCCGAGGAGUUUGCCGCCCUGGCAAGACACGCCAUUGAGAACGUGAUGCUCAACGGAACUGUGCUGCGUCUGGAUGGCGGCAUGCGGAUGCCGAGUAAGAUGUAGUCAUGUGCAGGUUUGCGCCGUGGAGCGGGCGUAACUGCUGGUCUAUCCCCCGAUGCUUUACGUCAACGUUGAGAGGGGAUGCCGCUGCAGGGUUCGCAAGAGCUGGUUGCGCCGAAGCAUGGACAGGCGGUCUGCGUGGAAACGGUCACCAGUAAGACUCGGCCAGACGACGUCCGGAUGGUCUCAGUCUGCAACCCCCCCGCACCUUCAUGUCUGAUCAGUUGCUCAUAUCAUUGAUGCUUUUGGAGUUGUUCACUGAGUGUCAUGUAUCUAGGGCUGGAACUGGGUCGUUUGCAUCUGUCUUCCAGACCCGAGACGUAUCGACCGUCUGCUUCACCACUGAAAGUUCCGAUCCAAUUUCACAUCGUAAAGAGUCCGCUCAUUGUUUCUUCAUAUAUCAGGAGGGACAAUCAGUCGGACAGACAGGCCUAACAAACAUCUUGCGGCAGUUUUUCAAAACAGUUGUAGAACUCUCUAAACGUGUGUCAUAUUUUCAUUCGAUUUGUUCUCAUCAUUU